GGACGCCCUGGCCACAGCGAGCGCGACCGCGCCAGGCGCGGCAAAAUCGCCGGCAGCCGCCGCGCCGUAUCCCCCUGGCCCGUUCUCGCCGCUCCUGUCCGUGAGAUCGAUAUCCUCGUCGGCGCCGGCGCUGACCGUCGGGGACACGCUAGCAGAGAUGACCAUCGAGAUCACCACGAUGGCGCAGCGCUUCGACGCCCCCCUGCUUCGCGACGCGGCCGCGCCUCGCCGUGGCGACGCAGACGGCGCGCGCGGGAAAAAGCAGGCUGCGGGCAGCAAUGGCAAAACCAGCAAAGCCACAAAUGGCAAAAGCGCUGACCGGGCGGUCGGAUCUUGAGCUG